AUGUGGCCACUGCCGACGUGGUGGCAUAUGCCAGCGUCCUUUGGGUGGCCUGCAGGACUGCUGCGACCAGGGACAAAAUGUGCUUGGUGGAGACCGACGGUGGCAAUUGGCCGGUGGCUUCGCGAGGGUGCAACUCGGAACGCGGGCUGUGACCCAAGGGUUGCUCACAGAGCCGGACGCAAUUACACAAUGAUGGUCAGAGGUAGAAUUGGUUUCGCAGUGAAUGGACAUAUGGUUUGUGUGCUUGGAACGGGCUCCCCCAAUUUGAAACUCGUGGACCAUUUAGAAGUGCUGCAGGACGUAUUCUCAAGCUGUGGAAAGGGCAACGGGGGCGUGGUGAGGGGAGGGCGAGGGCGGCCCCCACUCAGAAACAACGGAUGA